AUGUCGUCCGCAGCACCAAACCGUCAGCCGCCCAACAAAAACAACCAAGGGCCGAGCAAAAAGGCCGCCCCAAAGAAGAAGUCCCGCAAGGGCAAGGAGCCGGCUAGAGAGGAGGCACCCAGCGAUUCGGACGGGCCGAACGAGGCCGAGCUGCCACCAGUCGAGUGUAAACGCUGCAGUCGUCGACCAACGGCGGACAGAGAGCAGGAGCCCUGCGUCGCUGGACCGGGGCCGGCGUGCACGCGGUGUCGCCGACAGAAGCAGAAAUGCGACCUGCGCGACGCACAGGAGGCCCGCCGGAGGCUCCUUGAGCAGAGGUUCGCCUCGGGUGGAGGCUCUCGCUCGGAGCUUGCGCGGCUGCGCCGAAGAGUGCAGGACUUGGAGGAUGGGUUGGGGGUGUACGGCGAGGGCGUCAAGAGUAUGACGAUGGAGUUGAACGCGACGCAGAAGUCGCUCGCAGGGUUCAACCAAGCAAUGCGCGACAACGAGGAAGAUAUCGACAAUCUCUUGUCGUAUACCCAUGGCAAUCAAAACGCCAUCUUGAUGCUGGCGCGCAACCACCACGACGACAACGUCGAGAACAGCGCCUACGAGUUCCUCGACUACGACGUGGCUUAUAGGACCGAGGUCGCGGGGCAGCUUCGGCAACGCUCGGAGGAACCCGAGCAUCAAUCGCAGGAGGCGUACGAGGCGCGGAGGUCCCGAGCGCGGGCUCGGCUUUACCGGAACCAAGCCGACAUGCGCGAACGGUUGAAUAUAACCGACCGCGAGUACGAUGCGAAUUGGCGCGAUCGGUUGGAUAAGGCCAGAAGGGAAAUGGAGCACAAGCGUCACAGGCAGCGGAGGCUUGAGGACGAGAAGGAGGCAAAGCGCAAGGAAAAGCCGGCGACCCCCGAACCCGAGGCUGAGCAGCCUCCAAAGAAGAAGAAGAAGUCGAAGAAGCAUUCGGAGAAGGGCGGAGAGGCCGAUAAGGGUGAGGGGUCGUCCAAGGGACCAAGACAAGGGCAGUAA